UGGAGAGUCGGGACCGUUGGGAUUUUGAGCUCCGGUCGUCAAGAAAGAAAGAAAGCAUUAUAAAAGUAUUUUAGUUUUCGUGCUAAUAUCUCGUCUCUCGCGCGGCAGUCCCGCUGUGUUCGACCCGCAGCUGAAGUUUCCAGAAGGCGCAUUUUUAACCGGAGUUCACAGGAGGAGGCUCAAGAGACUGAAGAAGAAGAAGAAGAAGAAGAAGAAGAAGAAGAAGAAGAAGGAGUAAAUCUAAACAGCAAACUCCACACUUAAUCCACAUGGCAGAGCCCAACUUCCCCCCGCUGCCGGGGUUCAUCCCGCUGAAGCCGUGCUUCUACCAGGACUUUGACGAGAUCCCUGAAAACCACCGCAGCAUGUGCAAGAAAAUGUACAACCUGUGGAUAUUGAAUAGCGCUACUCUGGCUGUGAACCUCCUCGGCUGCUUCGCGUGGAUGUUCGGAGGAGGCGGAGUCACCAACUUUGGGCUGGCCAUCGUCUGGCUCAUCAUGUUCACCCCCUGCUCCUACGUGUGCUGGUUCAGGCCCCUGUACAAGGCCUUCAAAAGCGACAGCUCCUUCAACUUCAUGCAGUUCUUCUUCAUGUUCAUGGCCCAAGUCACCAUCAGCAUCAUCCAGAGCAUCGGCAUCCCUGGAUGGGGAGUAUGCGGUUGGUUGGCGACCUUGUCCUUCUUCAGCUCUAACAUUUUCAUUGCGCUCAUCAUGUUGGUCCCCACCCUCAUGUUCACCGCGGUGGCCUCGCUGUCCUUCAUCGCCCUCACCCGGAUCCAUAACUCCUACCGCGGCAGCGGGGCCAGCAUGUCCAAGGCUCAGGAGGAGUGGACCUCGGGGGCCUGGAAGAACCCUCACGUCCAGGCUGCGGCCCAGCAGGCGGCCAUGGGGGCGGCGGCCGGGGCCACGCGGGACCAGCACGCCGGCCCCCAACACAACGACAACCAGAUGUAGAGCCGACAAAGGAACGAUGUCAUCAUAUGACAAUGUUCCCCCAACACGGGCGAUAAUGAGAUUAAAAAACACUUAAUUUGAUCAUUUCCACACAGUUUUAUCACAGAUUAGACAGAAUUGUCAGUAAUUUCAAGCAAUUUCGUCAUUUAACUCUGAACAUCUGUGGGUUUCAUCUUCCCGUAUUAAAAGGGCGUGCUGAUUGUUAUUUAGUGUUUUAUAACAUUUCAUAAGUGUUUCUUUGUUCUUUUUUGUUCGGUCGGAAUGAAACUAGUUUUGAAUGUGUUUUACUUUAGUGACGACGACAGAACUGUGCAAUUUUUACAAAAGUAAGCAAAAAAAUCUCAUUUUUUAAUGUAAAUUUUUGAAUAUUUAACUACUUAGUAUUACCUUGUGUGUUUACCAAUGCACCAGUAUAAUGAAACAUUGUUGAGAGUGUAACGUUAUUUAAGUUUUUAUUGUGUUUUACUGUCAAAGAUAAACCAAAGAUCUUAUGUAUUACAGUACUUCUAGUCUAAAUCAUAUUUCUAUACAGUUUAUUAAUGCCCUCUGAUGUUGAAUAGAAGUAUGUCUGUGUCACAAUAAAACUUCAGCCGGAACAAAUCCACAGAACAUGAAUACUUACUUCCUGUUGACAUUUCCAUCUGCUCUUCUCAGACGUCAAUUUAAUGAAAUAUCCUCCUGCAGUGUGGCCAUUUGACCACAGGGGGGCGCUGAUGGUUUUUAGUAUGAAAUAAAAAAGCUCCCAACAUCUACACAUUACCUUCAUUUAUCCAUCACAGAUCACACUCUGUAUUUAUGAUAAACCCUUUUAUUUCCUUCCAUCCCUCCCCAUCACACUGAAUGAGAACUUUAUGGAAAUCAAGGUAAUAAAUCAUUGUAACAGCAA